UAGCUUGGAUUUUUUAUCUUCAUUUUUCAAUAUGAAAACGGUUUGAUUUUGUGGAUCAGAGCUAGGAUUUUGCUGAUAAUUUUUGUUUGAUCUGUAAGAGGAGGAUGAUGAGACUGUUUUAGAGUAUUUACUUCACUGUUUCCAGCAGCAGGCCCCGCGUUAUCAACUGAAGUUGAUUCGUAAGGUGUUUGAUCCUUGGAAAUUGGUGAGAAAAUGAAGGAAAAAUGAGGAUCUGAAUUGGAAUCUGUGAUUUUUGGCAUGAUCUGAUGUGUUUGUAAGAACGUGUUUAGGAUUCGGGGAAGAAAUGCUGCUUAAGUUUGUUUCACCCUGUGAUUAGGCCACUCUGCGAUUGGCUUUGUGAUUGAAGAUUCAUUGGAAUAUGGCUGAGGCUGCACCUGUUGUUCCAAGUGAUGAGUUGUUGGAAUGGCCAAAGAAAGAUAAGCGCCGAUUUCUUCAUGUUGUGUAUCGAGUUGGUGAUCUUGAUCGCACCAUCAAGUUUUAUACGGAGUGUUUCGGGAUGAAGCUUUUGCGCAAAAGGGACAUUCCAGAAGAGAAAUACUCCAAUGCCUUUCUCGGGUUUGGCCCUGAAGAGACUAAUUUUGUGGUGGAGUUAACAUACAACUAUGGAGUGGACAAGUAUGAUAUUGGAACAGGUUUUGGGCAUUUUGCAAUUGCAACUCAAGAUGUUUAUAAGAUGGUUGAGGACAUUCGGGCCAAGGGUGGGAUUAUCACAAGGGAACCUGGUCCAGUUAAAGGUGGAAAGAGUGUCAUUGCCUUCGCGAAGGAUCCUGAUGGCUAUAUUUUUGAGCUCAUCCAAAGAGGCCCAACGCCUGAACCACUCUGUCAAGUAAUGCUUCGUGUAGGUGAUCUGGAAAGGUCUAUCAAGUUCUAUGAAAAGGCCUUGGGGAUGAAGAUGGUAAAGAAGACUGACAGACCUGAAUACAAGUACUCCAUAGCCAUGAUGGGAUAUGCAGAGGAACAUGAAACAACUGUUCUGGAGUUGACAUACAAUUAUGGUGUCACUGAGUAUACCAAAGGAAACGCAUAUGCACAGGUUGCUAUCAGUACUGAUGAUGUAUACAAGAGUGCUGAGGUUGUCAACUUGGUUACCAAAGAGCUGGGAGGAAAGAUAACUAGGCAACCAGGACCAAUUCCUGGACUCAACACCAAGAUCACCUCUUUUCUGGAUCCAGAUGGCUGGAAGACAGUUCUGGUUGAUAAUGAAGAUUUUCUCAAAGAACUGCACAAGGAAGAGUAAAUAGUAAAUACGAAAGCUUCCGGGUGAUGUCCCGAGCUUUUAGAUCCACCAUCUAAUGAAUUACGAUAGUAUCUGCUUUUAUUAGUAUGUGUGUUUUGGUAUAUAUGCUUUAAACCCUGUUUUUUAGCUCUACUUUUUCGGACACUUAUGCCUAUUGUAUCUACUAUACUAGGUUUAGAAUAUCAACGCAGACAUCUAUGAAUACUAGUUAAAGUCCA